AUUUACAUUUGGGGAUGAUAACAAAAAGAAGCAUCCAACUGAAACUCGAACUUAGCCGGCCACCUCGUAUACUUCUCGUCGGAAUUACAUUUAGGGAUAAUAACAAAAGAAAGCAUUCAACUUAGCCGGCCAGCUCGUAUAUUCUCAGUGGUUACUUGUGCCCUCGACGAUCCUCUAUAAGGUCGCAAACUCUCACCACCAAACUUGAAUUUACCGAACUUUCCAAUUGCAGCACACAGAGAGAGAGAGACUCAGUAAGCAUGGCUAACGGCGACGAACACGGCGUCACUCACGACCUCCUUUCUCUCCUCUCCUCCGCCGACAGAAACUUCCUCCUCCGCAACAACGGCGACCAGGUUGAGAUCAGUAGUUUGACCGGAAAAAUUGUGGGGUUGUAUUUCUCCGCCACGUGGUGCGGCCCGUGCCUCCGAUUCACCCCAGACUUGGUGGAGGUUCACCAGGAAUUGGCGGCCAAAGGCGACUUUGAAGUUGUGUUCAUCUCUUCUGAUAGAGAUGAGGAAUCGUACACUGGAUACUUCUCUAAAAUGCCUUGGCUUUCGAUUCCCUUUUGGGAUUCGGAGACCCGGAAACGCCUCAAGGAGUUCUUCAAAGUCAGGGGGAUUCCCAAUCUUGUCAUUAUUGAUGCCAAUGGGAAGGUUUCCAUUGAUGAUGGAACUAAAAUUGUGAGGGACUACGGCGCCAAUGGUUAUCCGUUCACUGCGGAGAGGUUUGCAGAGCUCGUUGAGAUAGAAAAGGCAGAGGAGAAAGCUCAAACCCUGGAGUCAAUUUUGAUUUCCGGGGAUCGAAAUUUUGUCAUUGGAAAAGAUGGAACUCAGAUCCCUGUGGCAGAUCUAGUGGGGAAGAACAUCCUCCUUUAUUUCUCAGCUCACUGGUGCCCUCCAUGCCGCGCCUUUCUGCCAACACUCGUUGAAGCCUACCACGAGAUUAAGGCCAAGGACGAUGCAUUUGAAGUCAUUUUCAUCUCAAGUGACAGAGACCAAGACUCUUUUGAUGAGUUUUUCGCUACAAUGCCAUGGCUUGCUCUUCCCUUUGGUGACUCAAGGAAAGCGUUCUUGAGUCGCAAAUUCAAGGUCCAGGGCAUCCCCAUGCUCGUAGCAAUCGGUCCUACUGGCCAAACCGUCACAAGAGAAGCAAGAAAUCACAUAAUGGCUCAUGGGGCGAAAGCUUAUCCUUUCACCGAAGAGCAUCUUGAAGCGGAAUCUGAGGAGAUGGCAAAGGGGUGGCCUGAGAAGUUGAAGAGUGCACUCCAUGAGAAGCACGAGCUUGUGCUCUCGAAGCGCACAGUUUUUGUGUGCGAUGGGUGCAGAAAACCGGGAGCGUUGUGGUCAUUCUGCUGUAAGGAAUGUGAUUUCGAUCUCCACCCGAAGUGCGCGUUCGAGGGAGAUAAAAAGACCGAAAAUGAUGGCAAACAGGAAGGAGAGGAAUCCAAAGAAGGAUGAGUUUUUACAACAGCUUAAGAAAUAUGUAUGUGUAAUGUGUGUGUGAUAUAAUAAGGCUUGACUCUGCAUUUAGCGUUUCAUGACAAGCUAAGAAAUGUGUUUUCAGUUUAAAGUAGUGACUUGUUAUGUUGAUGUCGCUUCAGAUGGUGCAAUAUUAUAAUUAUUAUUAUAAAAUGGAUUGAUAAACUAAGAAUUUGACGGU